GGGGGGAUUUCCCAUUUUUGGGGGUAUUCCCAUUUUUUAGGGGAUUUUCCCCCACUUUAAAUGGAAAUUUUUCCCACUUUAAAUGGAGAUUUUUCCCACCUUUGGGGGGAUUUCCCCAUUUUUAGAGGAUUUUCCCACUUUAAAUGGAGAUUUUUCCCACUUUCUGGAGGGAUUUUCCCAUUUUUGGGGGGAUUUUUCCAUUUCUUGGGGGAGGAUUUUCCCUUUUUUGGGGGAGUUUUUCCACUUUAAAUUGAGAUUUUUCCCACUUUUUGGGGGGAUUUUCUCACUUUUAAUGGAGAUUUUUCCCGCUUUUUUGGGGGGGAUUUCCCAUUUUUUAGGGGAUUUUCUCACUUUUUAGGGGAGUUUUCCCACUUUUAAUGAAGAUUUUUCCCUUUUUUUUUGGGGGAUUCUCAUUUUUGGGGGGAUUUUCCCACUUUUUAAGGGAGUCUUCCCACUUUAAAUGGAGAUUUUUCCCACUUUUUGUGGGGGUUCCAACUUUUGGGGGGGUUUUUCCCACUUUUUUUUGGGGGGUAUUCCCAUUUUUAGGGGACUUUUCCCACUUUAAAUGGAGAUUUUUUUUUUUUUCCCCACUUUUUGGGAGUCUUUUCCCAUUUUUGGGGUCCCGGUGAUUUUGGGGGGUCCCGGGGGUCUCUCCGUCUCCCCCUCCCCCAUCUCCCGCCAGUCACGUGUCUCGAGCAGCGGCCCCGCCCCCCGCCCACGUGCCCCGCGCAGGCCCCGCCCCCUCACGUGUCCCAGCACCGGUCCCGCGGCCGCACAGGACACGUGACCUGAAUGGGACGCUCCCAUUGGUCGGUGGAGCUGUCGGUCAAACUCGGGAGGGCGGGGCUUGGGGAGCGGGGUUUGUCCCCGCCCCCAGAACCGGGACCGGGACCGGGACCCCCGAACGGGACCGGAACCGGGACCGGGAUCGGAACCGGGACCCGUGAACUGGGACCGGGACCCCUGAACGAGACCGGAACCGGAACCGGGACCCCCUGACUGGCACCGGAUUCCCCGAACGGGGCCGAGAUUGGAACCGGGACCACCUGACCGGGAUCGGAACCGGGACCGGGACCCCUGAACCGGACCGGAACCGGGGCCCCCGAACGGGGCCGGGAUCGGAACCAGGACCGGGACCCCGGGACCGGGACCGGGAUCGGAGCCCCCGAACGGGACCGGCACCGGCACCGGAGAUCCACGGAUGGGAGCCCCUGACCGGGACCGGCACCGGAGUCCCCCGAGCGGAAUGAUCCAAGCCCCGAUAGUUCCGGUACCGGGAUGGUCUGGAGCCGUGAGGGUCCGGUACCGGGAUGAUCCAAAACCCCAAUGAUUCCGGUACCGGGAUGAUCCAAUCCCUGUGGUUCCGGUACCGGGCUGCUCCGUGCCUCUGUCCCCGGUCCCUUUUGUCCCCUCCGUGUCUCCCCGCUGUCCCCGGGGUCCCUGUCGCCGCCAGCUCCCGGUCCCGGGGGUCCCGGGGGUCCCGGGGGUGUUCGGGUCCCCGCGCUGUCAUUGUCACACUCGGGGGGCGUGGUCUGUGCUCAAUGGCCACGCCCACCAGCGGGCGGCGGCCCCGCCCCUUCCUAUUGGCGGAAAAGGGGGUGGGAUGAUUGUUUGAUUGACAGCGCGGCGGUCCAAUCGUGAGGGAGUAUAGGGGCCACGCCCCUUCCGCGGUACCGGAGCGCGCGCGGCGGCUCCGGGACCCCGGAACCGAACCGGGGACCCCGGAACCGAACCGGGGACCCCAAAACCGAGCCCGACAUCCCCAGAAUCGGCCCCGGGACCACCCGAGACCCCCCGGAACCGAUCCCGGGAAUCCGAAACCGGCCUCGGGACCCCCCUCGGAACCGGCCCCGGGACCCCCGGACCCCGCCAUGGACCCGGAUCCGGACCCGGACCCGAAUCCCGGGGCCGCCACGGACCCGGCACCGGCACCGGCACCGGGGGGGAAGCGGCGGCGCUUCACCGUUCGGCAGGAGGGUCCCGAGGAACCCCCGGUCCCGUCGCUGUUCAGAGCCUCCGCCGCUCCGGUGCCGGUGCCGGUGCCGGUUCCGAUCCCGCCCGGUCCCGGUUCUUACGCUGAGUUCGUGGUGAGGGGUGAGGGGGGGACCGGGAAGGACCGGGAGCAGAACCGGGACCGGGAGCGGGACCGGGACCGGGAGCAGGACCGGGGUCCAGAUCAGAACCGGGAGCAGAACCGGGACGGGGAUCCCGGAGCCGCCGGAACCGCCCUCCCGGGACCCCUCCCGGGACCCCUCGCGACCCCCGGGGACCGGGACCGGGACCAGAACCGGGAGGAGCCCCGGGACCAGAACCGGGAUUUGCUGCGGGCGGUGCCGGUUCCGGUGCCCAGAGCGGGCACCAGCAGCAGCGGCGUCAUCGUCAGCCCGCGCCAGCGCGGCAACCCCGUGCUGCGCUUCAUCCGCAGCGUGCCCUGGCACUUCGGGGACGUGGCGCCCGACUUCGUGCUGGGCGCCGGCGCCUGCGCGCUCUUCCUCAGCCUCAGGUACCACCAGCUGCACCCCGGGUACAUCCACGAGCGGCUGCGGGCGCUGGGCCGGGGCUGCGGCCUCAGGGUGCUGCUGCUGCAGGUGGACGUGUGCGGAGGAGGCCGGCCGUUACCUGGAGACGUUCAAGUCCUACGAGCAGAAGCCGCCGGAUCUGCUGAAGGAGCGCGUGGAGCACGACUUCCUGUCCCGGGUGACAGACUGCCUGACCAGCGUCAAGUCCGUCAACAAGACGGACGCCCUGAGCCUGCUGGGGACCUUCGGGUCGCUGGCGGCCGUGGCCGGCGCGUCCCGGGGGGAGCUGUCCCUGUGUCCCGGCGUGGGACCCCAGAAGGCCAAGCGACUCUUCGAUGUCCUGCACGAGCCUUUCCUCAAGACCCCCAGAUGAGACCCAAAAUCCCCAAAAAUCUUCACAAAAAUCCCUCAAAACCCCCCAAAAAAGCAAAAAAAAACCACCAAAAAUCCCUCAAAAUCCCCAAAGAUCGCCCACAAAUCCCCCAAAAUCUCAAAAAAAUUGCCCAAAAAAUCACUCAAAAUCCCCCCAAACCUCAAUAAUCCUCCAAACCCCCCCAAAUACCCCAAAAUCUCCCAAAAAAUCCUCCAAAAUUUCCAAAAAUCUCCCCAAAAUCCCCAAAAAUUCCCCAAAAAUCCCCCAAUCCCUAAAAAUCCCUCAGAAAUCCCCCAAAACCAAAAAAUCCCCCCAAAAUUCCCUCAAAAUGCCCAAAAAUCUCCCCAAAAUCCCUCAAAAAUCCCUAAAAAUCCCCCCAAAUCCUCCCUAAAAUCCCCAAAUCCUACAAAAUACCCCAAAAUCUCCCAAAAAAUUCCCCCAAACUCCAAGAAA